AUGGCGACGUUCGCACCAUCGCCCACUACGAGACCUUCGAACCUAACGACGACGACUGAGGCAGAAACUGCUCUGGAAACCGACUUGGCACUCCCUGGUAUCAAGCGUGGUAUUGCCAUUGGAGUAGCGUGUUCCGUGUCGGUCGUCGUUAUUGCCAUUCUCGCUUUCUUUGCCAUCAGACGGAGAAACCGAGUACUAGCUCGAAGAGCACAACUCCAUACAACAAAGGCAGAGAUCAUGGAUGCCGAAGCCGGACCGCAAGAGAAGGCUUGGUGGGCCGCCACGCCUGCGUCUUCACCAUCAUUACCUCCACCACCGCCACCACCUGUCGAAGUAGAUGCUCAGAUCAUCUAUGAGCUGGAUGCAGGUCAGAUACCUGAAUUGCACGGCGAUACCGCUGCGCAAGAAGUGGACGGAAACGACAACCACUACGACAAGUCGAAAGAAGCGGAAGAGUUGUACGCCCAGAAACUCGAGCAAUGGAGAACGUGGAGUAUGGCACUUGAGCCGGAGCCUUCAGGCCCUACCAUUGGGGCCGUAUAUUCGCGCCUACCGCUGCUCACAGUCUCACCACCUGAAGCCUCUUCUGGCGAGGUUUCACCAUUACUACGCUCAUCAUGGUGUUAUUCCUCGCAAGAUGCUUCACCAAUUUCACCGCCUCCAAAUGCGCAUUUCCCAUUGGGUCAUCGCGAGAACACAAACACUUGA